CGGCUUGCUCCUGACCACGAUGGUGGUUCAACUACGUCAGCAUUCAAUACUCACGUGAAACGGCGAGCAGGUAUGAUCCUCGUCCUCGCACUCCUCUUUAUGCUUGCUGUGACAUACAUAUUUUAACUCCCGCAUUACUCACGUAAGUGUUCGCCGCCCUCUUGAAACCUUAAUUAUUGCAGCUAUGGAGAGUCAUCAUCCACUUACUCGCCCCCCUCCAUUUCUUCGCACCACUACCGUCAUCGCGGUAAGCUAUACCCAUGCUUUCUCAUACUACCCGACCAUCUUUUAGCUAACAUCCUACUCACACCCUUGCUUCCUUUUGCAGCAAGACACUGACGAUUGUAAUACCGGCUUCCACACUGCGAUGGAAUCAUCUAGCUCCCUUCCCGCGUCGUCGCCCAUGAAUGAACUUUGACGCCGAGUCAGAGAAGCAUUGAAGAUGAUGGAUCAAUUUCUUAGCAUUCCUCUGGUAACUUCCAUGAGUGAUCAACCCAUAGUAUGGCCCGGCUCUGCUUGCAAAACUCUAGAGACCUUGAGUAUUAACAUCCCACCACUUAGUGCUGCUGACAUGGCGUUCCUCCGCACAGUGGGUAAAGACCUAGUGGAACGUGGGAAAGCUGUGGCCCCAGCUUUGCAGGUGGUUAGAGCAAGUACAAUGCCGACUCUCGUCAAAGGGGCUGAACAAAUGCGACGUGAGGAUGCGGCCCGGAUCGCCACUGACCCCACUCAUGCAGAGAUAGAAGCACAGGCUGAUCUGCAAGCAGUGCAAAGCUUUUUCACUCGGGUCCGCACCACUCUAUCCCGCAUUGCCCAGCAGCUCGCCGAUCACGAGCCGUCCGACUCAUAAAGAAUUUCUUUUCAGCAUUUCGGAAUUUACUUUGGAUUUUUGUUUCGGCCUCGUUUCUCGGAUUGCACACUCUUUUUUGCCAUGUUAAUUCGACCCAUGAACAACUUUGCUCGCUCAUCAUUGUUUAUCUAAUUUUGGCAAACGGUUGCUCUCUUUUCUUUAAUCCGUUGCACCACUCUAAUCUCGACGACAGUGUUUGAGCAUGGCUGACUGGCUAGUUCUAGCCACGAUAGCCUUCUUAAUUUUUCUUAUGCCAAGUACCAAAUCGUCUAUGCCCAACAACGCUGUUACUCAUGCCUGCUUCUCGCGGCAAAAACAGCUUCGUUUGAUAAGAUAGGAACAGUUUGGUGCCGAACAGCGGCACCACACCGGCUGGACUCGAGUGAACCCUGCCGCUGGCCUUAAAGGCAUUAAAACUUUCUUUAUUAG